AAAUUCACUUUUCCGGAAAACAGAUUCACUGUAAAGUCUUUUAUUGGGGUCCAAAUUCGGAAUAUCGUCCCACGAACACAAUAUCUUCUUCAUUGCAACACAACUCUUCUCCAUUGUGCUGUAGUGCUGUAGCACAGCCUUGUGUACCUUCCGUUUUGGAACCUUCCGGCGUACUAGCCUCGCCUAUUUUAUCCCGAAGGAAACCAACACCAAAACUUCGUCUCCUCCAAAACAAAAAAGCACCCCGCCUUCGUCGCGAUAUCGGAUCACAAAAAAACAGAGCGACACCGGAACUGCGUCUGCGCAGCGCAACACCUUUUGCCGACCUAAUCCACGGUUCGGCAUCAAAAGCACGCUACGUCAGCUUCGACGGCAAUAUACAGCCCCUCUGUAAUGGAAGGCGGUCAGGGUGCGCAGAGUGGUGGGGCAACGAGUCCAACGACGAGCAUCAGACCCGGGACCGGCAACAGCUACAAGAGAAAGCGUAGCGGUGCUGCUGAAUUCGAGAGCAGUCCUGGCAGUGGAGGAGAAGAGAAUGAGGACGAGGGUUCGACGAGAAGACAGCCUGGUGUGAAGAGAGCGUGCAAUGAGUGCAGACAACAGAAGUUACGAUGCGAUGUCGUCCAAGACCCCUUCACCACCUGCUCGCGCUGCAGCCGUCUCAAGCUGGAGUGCAAGAUUGAGCACAACUUCAAGAGAGUUGGCAAGAGAUCGAAGCAUGCUGAGAUGGAGAAGCAAAUUGAUCGCCUGCGACGAAAUCUUCAACGAGCCCAAGCACAAGGCUUCAUGGUCGACGAUGACGAGGAAAUGGACUCGCCCAUUGCCAAUGGAGUCUACUCGAGAAACAACCAAUCGUUCAUGGGCUCAGAUGAAGCUGUCUCGUCUCUGCUGCAUCUGAAGCAAAGCGGAUCAUACAAUCUACCUCGAAUUGUCCAUGAGUUGGAGAAUGUGGGUUUGACUGAAGAUACCAUCGCCCAUCUCUUCAAUGAGUUUUGGUGCUAUUAUCAUCCAUACCUGCCUUUCCUGGACCCAAAUCAAUCUUCAGAGCAGUACUUCCAACAAAGCCCUUUACUGUUCUGGGUCAUCAUUGUUGUUGCAUCUCGACGAUACACAGUUGAUCCUGGCUUGUUGACCUCGCUGUCCGGUCCUUUCACUCGACUCCUUUGGCAAACUAUUGGCGAGGUCCCCAACAACCAUUUCGUGGUCAAGGCAUUAUGUCUUAUAUGCACUUGGCCUUUGCCAACUAGUACUACAUCCACUGAUCCGACGCACAUCUUGUGUGGUGUGAUGAUGAAGGCUGCAACUGGCAUUGGAUUGCAUCGACCAAGUCAUACUCAAGAUUUCUCUCGUGUUAAUGUCGACCUCAACAAGGAGCAGCUUCACGACCGAGUCACUACAUGGGCUGUUUGUAACAUUGUUGCACAAAGCAUUGGUACUGGCUAUGGUCAACCUGCUUCCACUCUUUAUGAUUGGACCCUCGCAGUUCGACCAGGUGAUGAAGGACCCUUCAAGCUGUCACCAGAACUUGAAGCCCGUCUUACCAUCGAGCGAUUCUGUGACAAGGUCUCGAAGGAGAUGUACAGCAACGCCAGUGAUCCUCGAGGAGUUGCAGGUGAUGAGAUCCGAUCUAUGUUGACCAGAGUCUAUCGUCGUGAGUUCAACGAGAUGCAAGUUGGCAUCUUGUCUCGUCGUGACAUCUCUCCGAUCAUCAAUCUUCAUCUCAAAGCUGCAGGUCUGCAUCUUCGUUUGUCUGCAUUCUUCGACUCUCCCACCACCGUUGGAUACAUGGAUGACCUGAUGGGCCUUUGGCGUGCCACUGUCGCAUUUUUGGAUUUGGUUUUCGAGAUGGAAACUACCAAUGGACAAGGUCUGAAUUCGAACUUUCUCCGAUAUGCCACCUACUACAUCCUCCAGAUGAUCAUUGCUGCUUGCUUUACGCUUCUGAAGCUUCUUAGCACAUUCUUCGCUAGGGAGAUCGAUUUUGAGCGUGGAAGACAACUCUUUCACCGCACUAUCAAUGCCAUCCGCUCCAUGUCGAUCAUCAACAAUGAUCUCCCAUGGCGAUUGGCUGAAUUGAUGGUACAGAUGUACAACGGAGCACGUAUUGAGCAACGUAGUCAAUUGCAACAAAUGCGUGAUAAUGGUAAUGGUAAUGGCCAUGAACGACCAACCGCAGUUGACGAUAGUCUUCAACUCAAGGUUCGAUGCAGAAUGAGCAUGAGCCUCGUCUUUGAUUCUACCUGGAGAUGGCGUGAGGAGUUUCAGGCUCAGGGACGUGGUAGCAUUGAAGCAGCAAUGAAGAAUCCCACCAACCCCGAUAGUGCAGCCGAAUCCUCCGCCUCUUCUACCCACAUGGACAGUACUCUGAUGGCACCUACCCAAACUUCCGCUCACCAACUCCAAAAUCAACUCCUCUCCGCAGCAAACACGGCUACUGGUUCCCUGACCCCGAACCAAAACCACGGCUUGCCAAGUGGAAUGAUGGGUGGCGUUGGCUAUAGCGAGAGUAAUUAUGAGGUUUUUGAUCCGUUGAAUUGGAUGCUAGAUGGCUUGGUUGAUUUCCCGUACAGCUAUGCUGCUGUGCAGGGUUUGGAGGCCAAUUCUUUGGUUUAGAUUCUCCCUUUUGGUUAUCGUUGUUGUUGUGGGAUGGCGUUUUCGUUUGUGGUUUACUUGCUAGGUAGUUAGGUAGAGAGUAGUUGGAUGGAUGGUUGGAUGGAUGGGUGUGGUUUUGGCACGGUUGAGUUGCUUUAUGAUCAUGGGUGGCUAUUUUGGCUUAGCUGCUCAUAUUUUGGACGAAGAUGAACUUGAUGACGGCUGAUUUUUGAAUGGAGGAUGGAUGAUUGGAGGGAUGGCAGAUCACAGAUUGGCUCGAGCUUCGUCCGUUUUUGUUCUUGCUUGUUCGCUUCUCGUAAGAGU